AUGACCGAUAUUAAUCGCGGCAAACAGAGCUAUCAGCACAAGCACAAUGGCAAAAUCGAUCCGCAAUCAAUGCAAUCCCCGCCGGGCCAUCUCACGGUGGGCUUAGCGAAUCCAACUGAACAUGGCCGUUCAACAAACACUGGUGCCGGAUCCAGCACCGGAGGCUCGUUGAAGCGCAACAAUAGUCAUCAUCAGCGAUCGAAAAAGUCCACGCAGUCCAGCACGCUAGAACGGGGCUCGAAUGCUACCGGAGCGCUCAGUGCUGGCUCUUUCUUUCAUCAUCACAAUCAUCAUCAUCAACAGCAGCAGCAGAGCGGAUCGACCGGAACGAGAUCCUGCACUGGAGCGGGACUCGCCAAGAGCUGGUCGAAAACCUCGAGCAGUAGCACCUCACAAUCGACAUCCCACGGGCCAGCGGAACAGUCGGUGCUUGCUUUAGACCCAAGUGGUAGCAGUCGGCCUCCAGGGGCGAAUUUGGCGCCCACCGUCAAAACGGAAGCCACACUCGGAGAGGAUUUUAAACGCUUCCACACGCUUCGCACCAGCUACGGUGGCAAAUCCAAUUUAAAUGUAAAUAACACCGAUCACACGAUAAAAUCGCAGGUCCUGCUCCACCAGCAAAAGCUGCGCGAGUACGCCAGACAGCUGCCAUCGCAGCAACAACAGCAGCAUCACCAUGACAACGACAACUACUCAACCUGCUCUUCGUCGCAAUCCGACUACCAGCAUCCCCAGCAUCAGCAGCAGCAGCAGCAUCAUCGCCACAAACAUCACACCCACUAUCGGCCACAUCAGCAUCAACACCACCCACAACCACAGCCACUCGCCCACGGUGUCCAGCAGCAAACGGCGUUGCAGUCCAGCUACCCCGUGUCCGCGACAGUGGCCGCAACAGCCACUUUGACGCGCGCUGGUGGCUUUGGUGGAGCGUCGAUAUUGAAAAAUGCCACCAACAGCCUCAAACGCGGCCCGGGUGGAUUAAGUACGCUGUCACUGUGCAGUUGCGACGCGGAAACGGAGAUAAUACCGAAUCCAUUAAGGCCGUUGUACCAGUACAGCUUGGACAGGAAAAAUCCUCGCCAGCACACCUACACGUGCGAGCAAAACGCUCAGAUUUUGCUGCGCCUGGAGAAGGACCGCCAGAAGAAGUUCGGCUCGAUGGGAAAACUGCACCUCGCCACGUCAACUGGGGAUUUGAGCCUAGCAACGACAGCGAUGCAGCGACACUCGAGCAUAACGGGUGCAUCCGUACCGACGUCGUCCGUUUCCACACCGACGCCAACGCCUCCGCCACCGCUUGCGCCAUCCGUAUCCGGUAGAUCCACCGGAAACGCGUGUAAAGCUGCGGCCACCGUGCUAUCGUUCGACUGCCAGCACGGCUCGUAUCCUCGUGGUGAUAAUUAUGCUGAGGACGAUUCAUUCAGCGAAGACAUGAUACCUCCGCCACCGCCACCUUUGAAUCGACGUCCUUCCUACGGAUACGGCUGCGUCGUGCAACCUGUUGCAUCCGGCCCGGAACCGAUGCACGAUCUAAGCUCCCAACCGCCCACAGUAAACCUCGGUUGCGGCCACGAGCUGGACGCCAGUAUGAUUGGAACCGGAGGGCCCAGCUACACCGGAACCAUGAAUCAGCCGGAUCUGUUCAACUUUGCCGCGAACACAAACGGUCCGGCGAGCUCCGGCAUGUUAAAGUCCACGCUGAAAGCCUCCAAGCCGUCGACAAACGGUAAAACAACUUCCGGCUCUUCGACCACAGGAACGGACGGCAAGACGAAGCUAAAUGCUCCCGAGCCACUCCCAGUCAUGAUGGUGGACCUGAUGAAUGGAAACGCCACCGCACAACUUCCGAGUGCCAACGGAAACGAUCCGGUCGGAACGAAACCAUAUCCGCCUUACUACUUCGACGAUAAUUAUCUGCACCACCAAUACUACUACGGAAAUGACCGUGAGGACCGGCUGGGUGAGCCUGGCUCCGAACUCCCGCUAAAAGAGGCAAUGGAUGCUGGCCAGCUGUAUCUGUAUCACCAGCACCACCAUCAACACGCACCUCAUCCGGAUCCGGUCACCGGAGGGUACAUUCCCAACUACGACGCACUUAACCUGCCCGCGAAGUACAACACGAUCGGAGCAAACGGGGAUUUGCCAUUCUCGGGACACUUCUCCGGAGUUGCCGGCAUUGGUCACCACGCGAGCUCCUGCAACAUCAACCAGUAUGCUGGUUCGGCAAAGAGCAACCUCAUCGCCUCACAUGACCAUCACUUCUCCAACUCGAUCAGCAACUUCAACUUCAAUCCCUCGCAGUAUUUCGGAUCGGGGUUGGAUGCACCACCCGGAACUACCAUCAUUCCGGGCAGUCUGGGUGGCGUGAUGGGAGCAGGAGAUGGUUUUCCUUCGUCCUGCAGCCUCAACGGAACGCCCAACAAGCAACAGCCGCAUCCGUGGAAACAUCGGCAGUGCCCAAGCCGUGGCUCAAGCAGCACCGGUUCCAGAUCAUCGAGUAAAAUACAGAAGAACACAAUUCUCUCCAAUCUACAGAUAAUCAUAAAUCAUUUCCACUUUUGGGCAGCAUACGUUCCGUGUGAGGCACAGCACAAGGACGCGGUCCAGAUCACCUUGGAACAGAUAGAUGUAAUUAAAAGACUGACAGAAAGGUUUUCCCCUCAUCUGACGUCCUGCGCAUCGGUGUUCGACAUCGUACAGGCACACAAAAACCGUCAAAUGUGUUCAUUAAUCGGCGUCGAGGGUGGCCACUCGCUCGGCGGUUCGCUCGGUGUCCUGCGUAUCUACUAUACCCUCGGGGUCCGCUACAUGACACUUACAUCCACCUGCCAUACACCGUGGACUGACUCGAGCAACGCGGAUGCACCGAAGUAUGAUGUCCGGCAUGGUGGGCUUACAGCCUACGGCAAGCCGGCUCCUCCUGCCUGCUGAGUCUGUGGACUUGACCGUAAACCGGCUGACAGAACGGACGGAUCACAACCAAAACGAUCCAGCUCGGUGCUCUAUGGCCACUGAGGGACUGCCCAAAUUUUGGUGUCAAAAAAUCGCACGCCACCGGAUUCCAUUGCAUCUGAUCUGGGUGAAACUGGGUAGGUAGGUUAUUUUCCGCGUUUACUACACUGAUAGUAUUUUUCCCCUUUUUUGCUCGCUUUUUCAUGAGUCGUCCAACGGCUGAACCGGAACCGUUUCGUGUCGUU